UGUCAUUGAAUGAAAACUACGUUUAGGUUAAAGCUGUUAAGGUGUACGUUCAGAAAUCGUUAAACUAUGAAGGCGAAUAAGUUUAUUAAACACAAACAAACGUAAUAUAUAAGAAAAUAAUAAUAAAUACUUCCAUUGUUUUAAUAUUUAUCACAAUGUCGGACGACGAAAGAGAAAAGUUCGAAAUAACAGAUUAUGAUAUUGAAAACGAGUUCAACAUCAAUCGAAAACGCAAAGGAAAUUCUAAACACCAACAAAUCUACGGAAUCUGGGCUGAUGAUAGUGAUGAAGAGAAUGAUAAUAACUACAAAAAUAAACCCACAAAAGCAAAACAAGCAUACACAGCACCAAUUGGCUUUGUUGCUGGUGGUGUACAACAAGCAGGCAAGAAGAAGCCACCCAUUGAAGAGCAUAAGAAGCCAGAUGAAUCAGAUGAAGAAGAACAACCAACAACUUCAUUUAAAAGAAGCUCCAGUGAUUCCGAGGAUGAAUCAACUGCAAGAGUUGGCUUUGGUGGUGCACAAAACACAUCAGAGAUGGGUGGUGAUAUAGCUGGCAUUAGAAAUAGAAACAGUUUCAAUCCUCAGUUUAUGAACAGAGGAGUUGGCACCUGGGAGAAACACACCAAGGGCAUUGGAGCAAAACUAUUGCUUCAGAUGGGUUUCCAACCAGGGAGAGGUUUAGGCAAAGAUUUGCAGGGUAUAUCAGCACCAGUUGAGGCCCACUUGAGAAAAGGAAGAGGAGCAAUAGGGGCUUAUGGACCAGAAAAAAAAAGUUCACUUGCUCAACCAGAUAUUAUUAUGCCCAGUGAAGAAACAUCAAAACAAGAUCCAAAAGAAUCAAAAUGGAAGAAAGAUAUCUCCAAGAAAACUAGAUAUUACUACAGAAGUGCUGAUGAUGUUAUAGAAAAGGGAAAGAAACCAGGAGUAUUCAAAAAUGCAAACAAUUUAAGUGAAUUAAGUAAAGUCAAAGUUAUUGACAUGACUGGCCCACAACAAAGAGUCCUCAGUGGCUAUCACGCUCUUUCAGGCUUGAAAACACCAACAGGCGUGGAGAAUUACGAAGAUGUGCUGCGUAAAAAGUGCACAAAUUUCGCACUACCCGAAAUUCAGCAUAAUUUGGAUAUUUUAGUGGACAUGUGCGAGCAGGAUAUUAUACGAAUCGAUCGCAGCACACACUACAACCAGGACCGCAUCGUAUCGCUGGAGCAAGAGGAACAGGGACUCAAGAAACUGCUGAUCAAAGAGGAUGCGGACAUGAAAAACCUUCAAGAUGUGCUGGAUAUCGUCAAUCGGCUGGUUGAUCCCGCCUCUGGGCUGUCGCUUGGACAGGUGGCGACUAGUUUCAAAGCGUUGCAGCGUGAUCAUUAUGAAGAAUACUGUCAAUAUGAACUAAGCGAACUGGCACCAGGCUUGGUGGGACCGCUGCUAACGUCGGCGCUGGCCAAUUGGCAGCCGCUGACGCAGCCGACGCUGUACUUAGACGUAUUCCGGCAAUGGCGAGAACUUUUGACGCCGACCCAGCGUGGGACAAUUGAAGGUAAUAGUAUGGGAAUACAGCCGUAUGAUAGUCUCUUAUGGCACACUUGGGUGCCCGUAAUAAGAGCGUGUGUGAGUAAUUGGUCAGCACGCGAUUCCGACCCAUUGAUCCAAGUUCUAGAUGAGUGGAUGCCGAUAUUACCACAAUGGAUUGUCAAUAACAUUCUCGAUCAACUCGUCAUACCAAAACUUGUACAAGAAGUGAGAAUAUGGGAUCCUGUGACGGACACAGUACCGAUUCAUACUUGGGUGCAUCCUUGGAUUCCAUUAAUGGAUACAAAGCUACACGAUACAAUUUAUCCGAUAAUCCAAGAAAAAUUGGGAACUGCCUUGACGAGUUGGCAUCCAUCGGAUAAAUCCGCGAAAAUUAUGCUUAAACCGUGGCAGAGAGUUCUUCCCGACGGACAAUUUGUUGUGUUUUUAGUCAAACACAUUGUACCCAAACUGCAGUUAUGCAUACAAAAUUUGCCUAUUAAUCCACACCAACAACAUUUAGAAGCUUGGAAUUGGGUUAUGUACUGGAAUGAUAUGAUAUCAGUUGGAAACAUGACUCUAAUCCUUGACAAGUUUUUCUUUCCAAGAUGGCUGCAAACUUUAGCAUUGUGGCUAAAUCAUAACCCUGAUUAUGUACAAGUCACCGAAUGGUAUUCCGGAUGGAAACGUAUGAUGUCUGAUGAAUUAUUAGCUCAACCAACUAUUAAAGAUAAUUUUCACAAAGCGUUAGAAAUGAUGAACCGCGCUGUCGGAAACGGUCAUCAACCAGGCGCUAAAGAGUCCGUCUCGUACCUGACUAAUAUUGAAACAACAUACGCACCACCGCCCCCACCUGCACCAAGAAUCGACUCCAUGUCGGAGGCAGCGCGUGUUGCCUCCAACAUUCCGCAAGGUUUCAAAGACCUGAUUGCAAAGCGCUGCGAAGAGCGCGGAAUACUUUUCGUGCCUAUAUCCAAUAAAUAUCACGAGGCGAAACAAGUCUAUCGCUUUGGCUCGGCAGGCACACAAUGCUAUAUCGACCGCAACGUGGUUUUCUACAGUACAAACAAUUCUGCAUGGUUGCCUACAUCGCUGAACAGAUUGUUAGACAUGGCUUAGGUGUUCAAUAGCCAUUUUUAGAUGACAGUAAUUUUUAAUUAUGUUUUAAGAUGAUUUAAGUAAUCCGAUUGUAAAAAAAAAACAAUUUGAAUAUCUUGAGUGAUUACCUUUUGUUCACUCGUCAUUUACAUAAACAUAAAUCAAUUAACUUAA